AUGGCCGGAUCCGAGGGCGCAUCAUUCACCGUCUCGUCUCCCAAGGCCACCAAGGUUGUCGUAUCCUCGCCUCGCCAGAUCAGGUCGAGCCCCCCCAUCUCCCUGGUGUCGAUCCCUUCAUGGGUCCAUGGUCGCUUAAGCACCUUGGAACGGCUCAGCAUAGCGAAAUGCAACUGGCCGGAGUGGUCUCGUCGUAUCCUCAACACCCUCUGCCUUUGCGGUGGUUCACCCCCUCUCAAGAGCUACGUCGACGGGACUCUCCCUUGUCCCAAUGCGGACACCUUCCCCCUCGACCACGCCAAUUGGGUUCAGACAAACAGCCUGGCUAUUGCCCUGGUGGAGGACUACAUCGAGGACACCGAUCUUCAUCUCAUCGCGUCCUCCUCCUCCGCUCGAAAAUUGUGGUUGGCUCUCCAAGAUCGCCAUGUCAAGCGCAGGGCCUACGCCCAACUCAUGACGAUACAGGAACUGUUCCGCGACGACCUUGACCCGUCUAACGCAUCAAGCGACAUCGAGAAUCAAGCCCGUCGGACGGCCGCUGAGGUAUCUCACAUGUUCCAGAUGGGCCCCCUCUCUGAGGACACGUUCACUGUCGUUGUUCUUCUUCACAAGAUGAAAGCAAAGAUGCGGCCCCUCAUGAACCAAAUUGUCAACGAUCAGUCGACCUCCACCUCACCGCUCACCGCUGAUCGAGUCCUUGACCGGAUCAAGCAUGAGGCGAUGCAGAUUCGCGCUGACCGUGCCGCUGGCGUUGCCCCUCCGUCCAUUGCCCUCACCGUGACCUCUUCGCAAGGCUCCGCCCGCGUAUGCUCCAACUGCAAAAAGAAGGGGCACCUCGCCGACCGCUGCUGGCAACCCGGUGGUGGCGCUGAAGGGCAGCGAGAGCAAUACCUGGCUCGUCGCAACGCACCCUCGUCAAGUAGGCCCGACACCAAGGCCUCCAGGCCGACCAAUGGCCAAUCAUACAGG